AUGUUGGAUAUGAAGCCUGAUCCCCCUGGGAAACCGCCACACGGCUCUGGUCCCCACAUACCCCACGCAUCAGAGGGCGGCAACCCCCACCCGGGCCGUGGGUCUGACGGUUCCUCUCGCCCUCCCACCGGCAGCAUGUCCCAGGCGGAGGAGGCGGGGCCGUGUGCCAGGGCCCAGCGGCACGGCCCGAGCCGGGGCAGCCAGCGGCUGGAGUGCAUCAUCUGCUACUGCUCCUACGACCUGAGCGGCCGCCUGCCGCGCAGGCUCUACUGCGGCCACAGCUUCUGCCAAGCCUGCCUGCGGCGCCUGGACGCGGUGGCCAACGAGCAGCGCUGGAUCCCCUGCCCGCAGUGCCGCCAGAACACCCCCACGCCCCGCGGCGGUGUGGCCAUGCUGGACCUCGACCUGCCGAUCUUCCUCGCCGUCAAGGCUGACAAGGAACAGCCCCGGCUGGCCGCCAGGGCCCUGCCAGACCUGCCCACCAAGGGCUCGAGCAAAGAGAAGGUGGUCACGCAGCAGCCGGUGGGGCUGUGCCAAGACGUGGUGCCCCCGGCCUCGCUACCCCGCCGCGGCUGCUGCCGGUCCUGCCUGUGCUGCGGGGUCACAGCUGCCUUCGAGAGCUGA